UAUGCAAAGAUGGAAAGCCUGUGGAUGAGGCCUCAUCAGUAGUAAUGACAAAACUCAAUGAAGAAAUAUCUCAGCAACCCGGGGCCUCACAGAGUAGCACGGCAAGGGAUGAUUUAUUAUCUCAAGUUAUGGGAGAAGACAAGUAUGGUCGUGUCCGCACUUAUGGGUUAGGACCAUCUCCAUCUGAUUUGUGGGGUGCAACAUCUAGCCAACAAAGGAUGACUUCCAUUGAUCAGAGGAGAGAUGAAAGAUAUGAAGAACUACAUGCUGAUAUAGUCUCUCUUAAAGAAAAUAUAGCUGCACUCUCAUCCUUAAGAGAAGCUGAAAUGUCAUCCCUUAAAGAAACUAUGGUUGAAAUCUCAUCCGCAAGAGAUGCUGAAAUUUCUUCCUUGAAAGAAACUCUGAUGAAAUUGAUAGCCACUAUGAAUAAUGCAAACAAUAACCCACCCACAGUAUUCGGUGCUGCAGCUAGUUCUAACAUGAACCAACAGUCCUCAUCAUCAAGCCAUUGGGUGAACUCUCAGAAGCACUCGACGAAUAAGGGGAAGACCACGAGUUGCACUAGCGCUGGGGAUGUGACUAGAGUUCUUCUUACAAGUAUUGUCAAACCCGGGGUUACUAUUGCUAAAGGAAUUAUUUUGAGCAAGGAUUCGCUCACAAAAGUAGGGGGGCACGAACUUGGAAUUGAUUUUUGGGAAGUAUUAAUUCAUGUUGCAAUAGUACGGGAGGAGGUUUUGAUAAGACCCUAUGGACGAUAUAAAACAAUUGGGGAUGCUAUUGGAACGAGUAUUGUUUGGCCCUCUAUUAUGUGUAAGGUUUAAGGAGAGAUGGAUUGAGCUAAAUGAAAGGAUCUCUCUCUCUCUCUCUCUCUCUCUCUCUCUCUCUCUUUCUUGUAAAUGUUUUAUGUUUUGUGCAUGGGUUUAGGACUGAUGUGUGAUUGGUUUUGGAUAGAAAGUGUUUAACUCUCAUUUUGGAAUUUGGAUUGACUUAAGAUCCAAUGCAUAUGACAGGUUGGGUAACUAAAUCAAUAAGUUAGCCAACAUGAUUUACUCUUGUUCUUAUCAAUUUUCUUUAUAACUCAAUGCAACUCUUGUUCUUUCCAUGUUUCUUUACAACAUUAAUAGGAUGGCGUUGACCUUUUUUAGCAUGUUUUUUGUGGCAGUGUUAGAUGAUGGAAGCCAAGCGAAGGAGAACAACUACAUUUAUGUAAGUAUUAUAAGUCUUAAGCUCCAUUUGGUCAUCACAUCAAUCUUUAUGAAUAUAAUUUUUUAUCAAACCAAAUGGAUCUUAAGCCCCUUUUUGAACUCCGCCAAU